UCGGAGACUUAACCUAAGAUUUAGGCGUCAUUUUUGGUAUUUUCUCCCAUUUGUAUUUUGUAUUGAUACUGAUAUUAAAUUAAAGAAAAAUAUAUAUCUAAUAAUAUGGCAGGAGUAGAUGUAAUAAUCGAAGAAAAAAAGGACGAUUCUAUCGAUAGACAAAAGAUAUGUCCAUUUUUAUUGAGAGUUUUUGUCUCGUCGAGCGGUCAGCAUCACAAAGUAACAGAAUAUAACAAAGGAAACACACCCACAAACGAAUUACAAAUCUACACAUGGAAAGACGCGACUCUACACGAACUGACUCAGCUGGUUAAAGAAGUGAAUCCAGAAGCAAGACGGAAGGGCACAAAAUUUAGUUUUGCUUUAGUGUAUCCAGACACAAGAUACCCUAUUUAUAGAAUGAGAGAAAUAGGAAGUACAACGACUGGAAUUAAGGGUUCUGAGGAUUUGAAAACUUUGGGGAACUUCAGGAUAACUCUCGGAGAUUAUAUGGAUAUAGCUAUUACCCCGCCUGAUACUUGGAACGCUAACAGAGGCAAGAACUAUUCAAACAACUUUGGUAACAGAAAUAGACCUUUCUAAAUAAUAAUACUUAAUUUUUAAUAACUUUUUUAUUAUUAAGUAAAACAUUUCUUUAUAAACAAAUAUGACUAGAAAUAAAUUAACUUAAAUUAUAUAUAAGUAUAUUUUUUCUAUUAAUAAUAACCUGGCUAAAAUAAAACACAAUAAUACUGUUCCAACUAAAUUAAGCAUAUUUUAUUAACUAACAAG